AUGGAGGUCCCAGCGGAGACGCACGAUCCAAACAUGGAAGAGCAGUACAUAGUCAAAGCCGAUGAGAUCGAUCAGACUGGGACGGAUAUCUCGCCCGUUUCCGACGACCAGCUGAUGGAAGAGGUCGCUGAGGGGCUUCGUCAGGAACAAGCCCAGACCGCAGGCGCCCCUGAGACAGCCGAAAAGCCCAUGAAGCGUCCAGAGCUACGACGUGAGAGCUCUGCGCCCCCACCACCAAUGCAGCCGCCCCCUCCAGCUCCCGUAGAGAGCGACCGGCCUACGGAUUCGCUUAGCUUAGCUCAGCUGCGGAAGCUGGUGGGCGAAUUGCCCAAGAUCGAGCAACCGGCGUAUGCUUUCGAAUAUGCCGAUGCGCAGUCUUUUCCAGAUGAAUUGGAAGAAUGGUUUCAGUAUAACGACUUUGACCGCGUGAUGCUGAUGGGGACGAAGUCUACUUUCAAUGCGAAAUGGUUUGCUUUUUGCUCCCAACGUCUCCCAGGAACCCCCGACGUUUCGUGGCUUGAUGCGUCGGAGGAGGUGCGUCGUGAAUUUGUCUCAAAGUUGCUUGCUGUUCUGCAGCUCCCAGAGGCUGCAGCGAGGCUUGAAACCCUUGAAAGCAUCUGUUACAUCGUCACCGGUGUGUGGGGUGUGACCGGCGGCAGAGUGGCAUCUGAUUACCCCUCGACUGGAGACCAGCCAUCAGAUGAAACCCCUCUUUUGAAGUCGAUGCAGAUUCAAUACAUUGAAAAGAAUGUCUCGCUUAUUCAGGAAUGUUCAGGCCUUGCUACUCUAGUCGAGUACAUGUGUCGACUUUUCGAUAAGACUCGUUCGGCUUUGGGAACUGAGUCUAAUGGCGCGGAAUAUGAACGAUUGAGUCCCGGUGAUAUUGCAGCACCCGAAAGGGAAGCAAACCUGGUUCUCACAAUUCUGUACUUCGCGGUGGAAGUUGGCCGCAGACAGGAGGCACAAAAUCCCGAGUGCACUCCAGUCCGUGAUACACUGACGAAUUCCAAGCCCUGCCUACUGGUCACCAUUGUGGAGAUCAUCGCCCGACUCCGUUGGGACGAAUCUGCCAAUAUCCCACUUACCAGAAUCCUUCUUUUGCUUUGGAAAACCUUGCUCCUUGUCUUUGGCGGCACCAACGAUUUGAAGCGCGCAAAGGAAGUACUUGAACCUGCCCUUGCCGCUGAAAAGGAUGAUUCCAAUCGCCGGACUCCUUUCCUUCACGCCUCACCACUGGACUAUCAUCUCUUCCGCCAGGAAAUUACCUCCAAAUACCCUGCCUAUAACCCCCCGCCCGUCAUCGUUCCUCUUGAACUCGAGAAUAACUCGAUCCUCCCGCCUCUGCCACACAACGCUGUAAAGAUGAACUCGUCUAGUGGUAUCUUCUGCGGUGCUGGUCCAUCAGUCUCUGGUGGAAAUGGCUCUAUCCUCCAGCAAGCCGUGCACAUUGCAACUCCCGCACCAUCACCCCCGCCAUCACCCGUUGGUCCAGGAGGCAAGGUUGGCAAGAAACAAAAUUAUCAGACCAAUCAAAAUUUCCCUUUCAUGUACCCGCCUUUGGAUGACUCCAGCAAUCGCAUCGGAGGCAAGGGCACCACCGAGCGCCAGGAUACUCUUGUUGGCAAGCGCUGGGAGGGUGGCGACGUGCCCGCUUCAAUUGUUGAAGCUGGAAAGCUUUUCUCCACCCAUGUCAAGAUGACACGCGCUAUGCGUCAGCUUUGGCAAGAGCGUGAACAUUUCAUGAGAUACGACCGUGGAUGGAACUCGGAAGAAGCGGCACAUUUCCCUGACGAUGACUUUGAGGAUUUGCCUGAUGAUUUCGAACAUCUCGAUUUGUCAGGCGAUGAGCAAAAAGCCGAGCCCAAGCCCAAGCCCGUGGAGAAGGAAACCGAUGACCCCGAUGUUCAACGUCGACUGGAUGCGGUUGAUAAAUUUUACACACACACUUUGUCGCAUCUUCAAUCUAUCACAAUCGUCUUCUUGAAGAUUAUUCUCACAAAUGUCAGCUCAGUGGUCAGCCAAGCUGGAAGCCAGAAUAGCCAGAACAUGAGUAAUGGGAUGAAUAAUUCACACAAUCUGAUGUCCGAUGCGUGCAUCGACGAGCUCGACAACAUUCGACUCCGUGAAAUUACUGGCAAAGCAGUGUCCGGAAUUUUGCUGCUGCUUCUGAAGUGGUUCAAGCGAUCUCACAUUCUUAAAUUCGAGUACAUGACACAGCUUCUGCUCGAUUCUAACUACCUUCCGUUGAUCCUGAAGAUGUUCGCACACCAGGAUGUCGAUCAGGCAGUUGCCCAGAAGAAUGAUCGUGAAGACUUAUCCAACACCGAUCGCCCUCUCGACACCGACAAUAUCUCGGAUGGCGACACAGAAAGUGAAGACGAAGCAAUGCCGCCCCCAAUUGCUCGCCACCGACCCGAUCCAACGGCAAACGGCAGUGCCCUCGGCCUUUCCGAAGAGGAACAUUUGGCGGACAUCAUGCACGGCUCAUCACGUCCAGAAGUCGACGAACUCGGCUAUCCCACCGCACCGCUCCCCAAAGAGCCCAUCAAAACAUUCUCCUUCCGCAACUUCUUCUCCGCAAUCAAUUAUCUGCAUGUGAUGCAAAAGAUCACUCGCGACAAAGCCCAUCGCUGCCUUCUACUCGUCCAAUACAAGUCGAGCAACAUUCUCCGCAAAGGACUCAAGAUCCCCGACCCCCAUCUUCGCUUCUACACACUCAAACUUUUCAAAUCACAAGUGCCUUACUGCGGCCGGAAAUGGCGACAGAGCAACAUGCGCGUUAUCACCGCUAUCUACCUCUAUUGCCGCCCGGAAUUGCGUGACGACUGGCUGGCUGGGUCAGAUGUCGAUGCCGAAGUCGAAGAGGCUCUACCGCUCGAACAGGCUUUGCGCGGUCUUACGCAUUGGUGGCAUUUGAGACAGUACAAGGAUGUCAUGGGUGGAAAUGAGAAGGCUUCGAUGAUGGAAGAGGAGAGAGAUUUCUUUGUGCGAGAGCUCGAAUCCAUGGGAUGGGGUGCCGAGGAAUUCUACGAAGAACCAGAGUCGCAGAUGGCGGCCUCUGGAACGGAGUGGGAGGGUGUUCCACUGCCCAUGGAGGGUUGGUCUUAA